AUGCUAUCAAAUAAUUUGAGUAAUGAUGAAUCUUGUCAAAUUUGUGGAGACUUAGCAUCGGGUUGGCAUUGCGGAGCAAUAACAUGUGAAGCAUGCAAAAAAUUUUUUCUACGUUCAAUUUCAACAUGUGAUGGAAAGAAAAAAUAUAAAUGUCAAAGAAAUUCAACUUGUUCCAUAACAAAACGUUCUCGAACUCAAUGUCAAUAUUGUAGACUUCAAAAAUGUAUUUCUGUUGGAAUGAAGGCUCAUGUUCAAGAAUCGAUUGGAUCAAAGGCAGAAGAUUUAUAUAAAAAACUACCAUGUCUUAUUUGUAAUGCAUCAGCAUCAGGUAUUCAUUUUGGUGUUGUUACAUGUGAAGCUUGUAAAGGAUUUUUUCGUCGAUCAAUAAAAGAAAAUGCUCCUGAACGAUAUUAUUGUGUUGAAAAUAAUAAUUGUGAAAUCAUUUCAACAUCAAAAAUAACUUGUAGAGCAUGUAGAUUUCGAAAAUGUAUUGAAGCUGGAAUGUCAAUGAAUGGUCAGUCAUAUAAAUCUUCUCGUAUUGGUCGACAAUCAAAUCUUUUUAAAGAAAGUAUUCGACAACUACAAAAUGAUUCCACAUCGAUGGCAACUGUAAUAGAUUCAGCUCAUAUUGGAUCGAUGGCUAAAAGACGAACAACUAAAAAUAAAAGUGGAAAAAUAUUUGCAACUACCAAUGAAAUUGAUAUUCAACUAUCACUAACAAUAAAAGAUUUUAUUGAAAAAGUUUAUAAUGCUUAUCUUAUAUAUUUAAAGGAUUUGCCUCGAUGCAUUCCACGUGAAACAGUUUGGUCGACAAUGGCAUCGCAAAUGAUUAUUUAUGCUCAAGCUAUGAUGAAUUUUUGUCACAGUUUCAUCAAUAUGUCAAACAAAUACGAUAUUAUUUCAUCAUCAAUUAAUUCCGUUAUUAUGGUUACAUUACUACCGGGAAAAGCAUCGAUGAAAUAUUCAUAUGAAAAUAUUCAAUCAACAUGGAAUUAUUGGCAAGCUGAAUCAACAGUAUCAAUCGAAUUAAAUGCCCUUGUUCCACAGUUAACACAGGCCGAAGAUUUAUUUCGAUCAUUUGAAUCAAAAUUAAGAGAUCUUCAUUUAGAUGAAAAAGAAUUUUCUCUUCUUCUGUUGAUGAUUAUUACUCGAAGUAAGUUUAAUUCUGUUAAUGAAAAUAAUAGAUCAUGGUCUAAAUGUCAAUGCGAAUGUAUCGAAAUAUUUUCUGAAUAUUAUCAAGCUCGUCGAUCGAAUAUCAAUCGAGAACUACCCAUUGAAUUUUAUGAUAUUAUAUUUUUGGUGUCUCAACUUCGUUCAUUAAAUUGUCGUAUAACUCAAUGUUUUACAAAUCUUCCAUGGUUAUAUGUACCAAAUUUACCUUCAUUUUUUUAUUCAAUUUUUUUACCAAGUAUUACAAAUAUGACAUCGAUAUUAAAUAGUAAUUAUGAUCCACGGUCUUCGUCACCUGUGAAUUCAUCAUUGCAUAGUACGAAUGGUUGUGAUACUGAGUUAUUUAGCGAUUCUUUAAAUAGUAAUUCAAUUGAUGUUAAUAUGUGUUAUGACUUAUGUUGGAAACAUUAG